CCCUUUUUUCCAAAAAAAUUUCAUUGUUUUUUUACGUUAUAAAUUGUGUGCAUCACUUUUAUUUAUUCGCGAAUUCUCGGCCGUGAGUAAAUAUAAAUAUCGAGUGCAUCGCACGAACGAUUUAGUGGCGAUAAUUUGCAAAUAAUAAAGUGAAAAAAGCGCCAGAAAAUACAAACUUCAUAAAGAAAUAGUAUACUUUAAGUUGAUCUAGCUUAAAACAUGAUUACUUCGUCAAAUUUUUUAUGAUUUUAUUAUCAGUUAUCCUUAAAAUAAUUAAGACUGAAAUGAGUGAAUUUACAUUCAGUUGAGGGUGGGAUUGAUAUUUGAGAAUUUGGUUAUUCUCAAUGUGUCCACGGAGCCACGAAAAUAUAUAUAAGAUGUUGCCUUUAAUAUUUAUUCUGUCUAUGGCAAUUCCCAUUGAGGGUUCCCUACCACCGGAAGACAAUGUUUUGCAUAUUGGUGGAAUUUUUCCCAUUGCUGGAGAAGGUGGCUGGCAAGGUGGACAGGCUUGUAUGCCCGCUGCGAAUCUUGCCCUUGACGAUGUUAAUCAACAAGAAGACCUUUUGCCAGGAUUCACAUUGAAACUGCACUCCAAUGACAGUGAAUGUGAACCUGGUCUCGGUGCUUCAGUAAUGUACAAUUUAUUGUACAAUACUCCGCAGAAACUCAUGUUAUUAGCUGGAUGCAGCACAGUUUGUACAACCGUAGCUGAAGCAGCAAAGAUGUGGAAUUUAGUAGUUCUGUGCUACGGUGCAUCGUCUCCUGCCUUAUCGGAUAGAAAUCGAUUUCCUACACUAUUUAGAACACAUCCAUCUGCUACAGUCCAUAAUCCUACAAGAAUAAAACUGCUGCAAAAAUUUGGCUGGAGUCGCGUGGCCAUAUUGCAACAGGCUGAAGAAGUCUUUAUUUCUACUGUGGAGGAUCUUGAGGCUCGUUGUAAGGAAGCUGGAAUUGAAAUAGUUACCAGACAGAGCUUUCUGUCAGAUCCUUCGGAUGCUGUGAGGAAUCUACGACGUCAAGAUGCGCGGAUAAUUGUGGGACUUUUUUACGUGGUGGCAGCAAGACGUGUUUUGUGUGAACUUUACCAACAGAAGCUUUAUGGAAAAAGUUAUGUGUGGUUUUUUAUUGGCUGGUACGAGGAUAAUUGGUUCGAAGUGAAUCUUGAUAAGGAAGGUAUACCAUGCACUAAGGAACAGAUGAGACUAGCUGCAGAAGGACAUCUAACUACUGAGGCUCUAAUGUGGAAUCAAAAUAAUCAAACUACUAUAAGUGGUAUGACAUCUGAAGAUUUUAGGGAGAGACUCAAUAAAAUGCUUAAGGAAGAUGGUUAUGAUAUUGAUAAUAAUCGAUAUCCUGAAGGAUAUCAGGAAGCUCCCUUGGCCUAUGAUGCUGUCUGGUCUGUUGCACUGGCCUUUAAUAAGACUAUGGAGAAGCUAAAUAAACUGGGUAAGAGUUUGAAAAACUUUACAUACACAAAUAAGGAGAUUGCUGAUGAUAUUUAUUCAGCUAUUAAUUCCACACAAUUUCUUGGAGUGUCUGGUUACGUAGCAUUCAGCUCACAGGGUGAUCGUAUAGCUCUCACACAAAUCGAACAGGUGAUUGAUGGAAAAUAUGUAAAAUUAGGCUAUUAUGAUACUCAAAGUGACAAUCUCACCUGGCGUAAUAUGGAAAGAUGGAUUGGGGGUAAAAUACCGCAAGACCGUACAAUAGUAAAAAAACUUUUACGAACAGUAUCAUUGCCUUUGUUUAUCUGCAUGGGUACAAUAUCAUCAGCUGGAAUCCUCAUAGCUGUCAUUCUGAUAAUAUUUAAUAUAUGGAAUCGACAUAGAAGAGUUAUAAUGUCCUCUCAUCCUGUAUGCAACACCAUAAUGCUUGUAGGCGUAAUAGCCUGUCUCGUGUCAGUUUUUUUACUAGGAAUUGAUGGAAGAUUCAUAGCACCUUGGGAAUAUCCAGGAAUUUGUCAAGCAAGAGCUUGGAUGCUAUCAACGGGAUUUACUCUCGCUUUUGGUGCCAUGUUUAGUAAAGUAUGGCGUGUGCAUCGUCUUACUACUAAAACAAAAGCAGAUCAGGCAAAGCUGUUUAUGGCUAAACAAAAAGUUUCAUCUAUUCAGAAGAAAAUACAGCCGUGGAAGCUUUAUACUAUGGUCAGCGCACUCUUGGCGAUUGAUGUUGUUAUUCUCGGUGCUUGGCAAGGUUUAGAUCCUCUGCAGAGAACGAUUGAGAUGUUCCCUUUGGAAGCACCGAUGACCGGUGAUGAUGAUGCACGCAUUAGACCGGAAUUGGAACACUGUGAAAGCGAGCACAACAACGUUUGGCUUGGUUUAAUCUAUGGCUACAAGAGCGUCAUCCUAGUUUUCGGUCUCUUCCUGGCCUAUGAAACGCGCAGUAUCAAAGUCAAACAGAUUAAUGAUUCUCGUUACGUCGGUAUGUCAAUUUACAACGUGGUUGUUUUAUGUGUUAUUACUGCCCCAGUCACGAUGGUGAUAGCCAGUCAGCAAGACGCAAGUUUCGCGUUCGUUGCCCUGGCGAUUAUAUUCUGCUGCUUUUUGAGCAUGGCGUUGAUCUUCGUUCCGAAGGUCAUUGAAGUGAUACGUCAUCCACGUGACAAAGCAGAGUCUAAGUAUAAUCCUGAUGUGGGAAUGUCCAAGGAAGAUGAGGAGCGUUACCAGAAACUCCUCGGUGAAAACGAUGAGUUGCAGAAGUUAAUUGCUGCGAAAGAAGAGAAGAUCCGUAUUCUCAAACAGAAACUUUUUGAAAGGGAUUCUCUUAAGGGCGGUACUGGUGGAGGCACUGGACCUGGUGGAAAUGCUCCUAAGGAUUCUCUGAUAGUUGCUGAUUUUGUUACUGGUGAAGCAACGUCAGAUAGUGCCAUCGGUGGGGGAUUUUCUGUGUACACGAAAUCGUCCCGCGCAUCCGUUUCCGAUUUUGAAUUUUCCGAAUCGUAUCUUUAAAUUCUAAACUCAGCAGUAACGAAAUACGAAUUUUUCAAAAAUAUCCGAGACAAUCCCCUGGAGAAUUUACAGUUUACUUAAUUUUUUUACAGGUUUUAAAGAUGUAGAUGUGUCUAUAAUAUAUACAUAUGCAUAGUUAUACUACAUGCAUAUUUAUUCUUCGACUGCUCGCGAUGGUAUCUCAAUCAAUUCGCAUUUUCAUCAAUUUCUUUUCAAUUAUACCUCGUGAUUUUCUAGAAUAGUCAAAAGAGAUACAUGGUAGUAGUAAUCUCGACGUAUAAAUGUUGGUAAAUGUUAAAUAUGCAUACUGUCUAAGGAGAAAACGAAUGUGACUGUAUGUGCGAUAGUAUAAUUUUGAAAAUUGACAUCAAAUUUGAAAUCGUUAAACAGAGUUUCGGCCUAAUGAAUCUGUUAAAUUUUUUUUUGUUCUACGACCAUUACUAGUCUUUUUUUUCAACAGCGGCAAGGUGGUCACUUGACCUGUUGAUUAAACUAAAAGAUGCAAUGAAUUUACAAGUGUAGACGUACGAAACAUAAACAUAUUUUUUUUACAAAAAAAUAUCUUUAUUUCUAUUUUAAUUCACAAUCGAGAACACAUGGAUUGCAUUCGCUUGUAUCAUUAUAUCAUCUAUUCACGUAAUUAACUUCAAUUUGUCUUUAUUUAUAUUUUAUUUUAUCACUGAUAUGUAAUGUAACAACAAUAAUAAGCAACAAGGCCAUUGCGAAAUUUGAAAAACAUUUGAAAUUUCAAAAUAUUCAUAUAAAAGUGUAAUGGCAUUCUUACUGUAAGUAACUUAGCAGGGCAUGUUGUCAGUCGCAUGCAAAAACACUGCUUAUAAACAUAUUUCAAAACACUGCUUGUAAACAAUUAUGUCGAGAGAUAACAACUCUAGCCGACUGACAAUAUGUCAUUUAUAUGUCAAUUUUUUAAAUUUAAUAUAAAACGCAGUUAAAUCUCGUUAGACAAAAAGUCAAAAUGAUACUAAAUAAUUACGAAUUUAUCAAUAUCUCUGUUGCGUUGUGAACCUCAUGAAGUCUCCUCCCAAAUUAGCCGCAUUUCGAUCAUCAAGUAAAUGUCGAAUGAUUAAUAGAUGUUUUUUUUUUAAUAUGAAAAAUAAUUAAAGAACAAAAAUAACCGAAAAUUAAAAAUAUGAAGUAGUUGAUAUACAUUACUAAUGCCUAUGCUAACGAGAUUUAAAUUCUGCUGAAUAUGCACGCCAUUCAUAAAGUAAUUUGGGAGUCUUGAUGAGGUAAUGCCAUUUUGGAAUUAUAAUUAACAGUAGAAUCCUGUGGAAUGGUAUUAUACCUUCUGCAUUCUCUGUAUGCGUAGACCAAUUGUGAAUCCGGACCAUAAUGAGCACGCUAUUUUCUUGCUAAAACAUAUUUCGAAUAAUGGUUAUUAUCGGUAUGGAAUUUUCUAUAAUGCAAAUUAAUCAAAAUUAGCUGACGCGCUGCUAAAGAUAUCAAUAUAUAAUAAUUAUAUUUGCAACACAUUUAAAAAUUACUUGAUGAAUGGAAUUCGCUUGAAAAGUUUUUACAAUUUUUCUACCUGACCAAUUUCAAAACAGUUCUUGUCAAAAUUUUUGAUUUCAGAAACAGACCACAUCGGCUGAUCGACCUGUGAUCGAGAGGAUACGUGUAUUAUUUGCGCACAAAAGACAAGCAAUAACACACAUUCAAACGGGCUAAUAAUUAUCAAUAGUCCUAUGCGUUUUUGCAAGAGAACGUGAGAAUUAACUAAAGAAAAUAAUAUAAAAGAAACAAAAGAGUGCGUGACAAGUAACAUUUGCGAUAGUUUUCAAAGCUAUGCAUUAACACACCUUUUUAAGAAAUGCCAAAACGGAUACCGUUUCAUGGAUAGAAAUUUUAUCGAGACGUU